UUUUUUUUUUAUUAUCGUUAAUUUUCCCUUUACUUAAUAAUAAUAAUAAUAAUAACAAAUGACAACGAUUGACUCUUCAAAAAAGACAAUAACAAUAGAAGCGCUCUUCUUAUUGAUAAGGAACAUAACAAACAAACAGUAACUCUACCUCCUAAAAAAGUAAUGGCUAAUAAGCUCGCAGCAGCAGCUAAAGCAGCAACUAAAAUAGCCAAUAGUCAAAUGAAUGGUACUGAAACGACAAAGAGAAGACUGUCUACUUCUGUUGAAAAUCAUUCCCGAGAAAAGAGAAUCAUAAAAGACAAAUCUAAUAAGACAAUUACUCAUUCCGAUAGAAUCGUUGAGGCCGAAAUUAGUCAAUAUAGACCUUAUUUUACAGAAGCAGAUCCAAGUAAUCCAGACCUGAUUAUUACAAAUAAAGAAAAGAAUCUUCAUGUAAGCCUUGAGUAUCCUGGAUCUAUUGAACCUGAAAACUUUUUACUAUUAAGACCUGUACUUAAAAAUACCAUGAAUAGAAAUCAAGAAGAAGAAGAAGAAGAUAAAGACGAAUAUAAUCCUAUUAGUGACUUGAUGCGUACUGCAGAACUCAUAUAUGAAUAUUAUCUUACACCUAAACAACAAGAAUUAUUAGGUGAUCAGUCUCAAGGUAUUAUGCGUAAUUUAACGAAAUAUCGUAAUCGACGAUGUGGUCCAGGUUUUGCCCAAGCUGUUAAAGAUUUCAAUAAGGUCAUAAGACAUCUUAAAGCAGAGGGUGCACUUAGUAAAAAUGCCAAGGAUAUGUGCCAUCCAAAUUAUGAUUUAACUUGUCAUAUCUUAUAUCAAGUGUAUAGUCGUACUGUGGCUCGACAAGCAGAUGCGUUAAAUAAUUAUCAAGCCUUUUCGAAUAAUGUUUAUGGUGAAAUUAAUCCUAUUUUAGUUAAGGAGUUUAUUAGUAAAACAGGAUUGAAUUCUCGUAGUGUAUUUAUGGAUUUAGGAUGUGGUAUUGGUAAUGUUGUACUUCAGGUAGCAGCACAAACAGGAUGUGAAGCUUAUGGUAUUGAGAUUAUGGAAACACCAUGUAAAUUUGCUAAAAGACAGUUAAAAGAAUAUGCAGCCCGUAUGAAGGCCUGGCGCCUUCCUACAGGUAAAAUUCAUUUUAGACACGGAGAUUUUUUAGAUGUUACAGCCAAUGAUCUUUAUGCAACUUUAAAAAGAUCAGAUGUAUUAUUAGUGAAUAAUUAUGCCUUUGAUGCAUCUACCAAUCAAGCACUAGCGCAAUUAUUUUUAGAUUUAAAAGAAGGAACAAGAAUUAUCUCUUUAAAAUCAUUUGUACCCAAACAUCAUAAAAUUAAUCAGCGUACAAUUAAUAUGCCUGAGUCUAUUUUACGUGUUGAAGUAUUUGAAUAUUUUUCUGAAGCAGUAAGUUGGACUAAUAAUGGUGGACAAUAUUAUAUUGCAACCGUUGAUCGUAGUAGAUUAGCACCUUAUUUCGAAGAAUUAUACGGUAGUAGUAAACAUUAGAUAUCCCCCCUCCUUUUCUUAUUUUUUUUGUUUAUUGUUAUAUAUAUAAAUAAAAAUAUAAUGUGUAUUAUGUAA